ACUUACUCGGUACAUGAGGAGGUGUGACGGACGAUUUUCAUCUGCUUACACGAUAAUGAAAGAGAAGAAGACAAUUUAAGGAGUAUUUUACAAUUAACUUUAAGCAUGUCGAGGCAAAGUACACGCGGAGGAGAUCCUCGUAAAGUGAAUGGUGAGCUUUUCACUCUGACCUAUGGAGCAUUGGUUUCCCAGCUGUUAAAGGAUUAUGAAGAUGAUGACGAAGUCAAUAAACAACUCGAGAAAAUGGGAUACAACAUAGGUGUUCGUCUCAUUGAAGACUUCCUGGCAAGGUCAAACACAGGGCGGUGUAAUGACUUCAGAGAAACAGCUGAUGUCAUAGCUAAGGUUGGUUUCAAGAUGUACCUCGGAAUCACGCCAGUCGUUAGUAACUGGAGUCCAGCGGGGGACGAGUUCUCCCUCCUCAUAGAAAAUAACCCCCUUACAGACUUUGUAGAGCUACCCCCGGGCCACUCCAGUCUGUGUUUCUCAAAUCUCCUGUGUGGAGUACUGAAAGCCGCUCUAGAGAUGGUACAGAUGGACGUUGAUGUGAAAUUUGUACAGGAUCACUUAAAGGGAGACAAUAUCACCGAAUUAAGACUAAAAUUCUUACGUAGAUUGGAGGACGCCAUCCCUGUAGGGGAAGACUGAUGCACGCGGAAGUUAUUUAUAUCUGUGACACGUUACGCAUUUUAAAUUUUGUGGGAAUUUUUGUUGGAGACAAUUCCAAAGAAGAACUUUCCAUCACGAGAAAAUUCACAUUUCUGACUGAGUGACCAGCAAUGAACAGGAUCCAUUUCCUUAUGUGGAUUAAUGGCGGGUCAAGGAGCUCCAUUUCAAAACAAUAUUUAGUUUCCUUCAAUUUAGCUGGUACAGUUCAUGACCUUUUUUACCAGGUUGCCAUGGAUACUCUUUUCAUUCUGCAAGGAGGCUAAGCUAAGUGUCUUUAAAGAAAUGGACUUUAAAUGGACUGAAAAAACCUCUGGACAUAUUUAUUGAUUUUCAGUUAUAUACAUGUACAUUCUGUUGUAUUUUUUUUUAUUAGUGACUAAACACGUGUACAGUAUACACUAUAUAUAUGUUUCAUGAUUUAAUUUUUUCAUGGAUCUUUUUGCAUCAACACAAAAUUUUUUUAAAUUUCAUUAAAGAUGCUAUACCAUGCCAACAGUACUAUUUGUCAAAAAUAUACAUAAAAUGACAUCCCUUGUAUAGAAAAUAUACAAAGAUAAACAGAAAAAGUUAAUACAGCGUCUUGAAACAUAUAUUAGACCAAAAGUUACGUACCUAGUAUAGAGGCGGAAUACGAUAGAUUUUCCUCAGGGAACAAUCAUGUAUUCACAUUGAAUUUUAGAAGAAAAGUGCACGUGGGGUUCAAAUGUUUGGAAGGUGGUAAUUAUAAUAGCUCAUGUAAAUGUAAAGUUUAUUUGUUUUUACAAAGAUGCAAAUUCAGUUAUACCAACGUAUAUGUAUCACUCUUGUUGGCCCGGAUGGAAGGGUCUUAAUGUGGAAGAAAAUCGGAUUACCUGGGAAAACUCCACAUGGUUGUUUAUAUGUAGGUGACCCUAUACCUUUACACCUUCUGUUGGGGAAUCGAACCCCGGCCACCCAGGUGAAAGGCAAGUGUGUGUUACCACUGUGUCACCUGGCCACACAAUAGUGUGAAGUAUGUACGUCAUGUAUCUUUUGGUAUCGCAUAAAAAUAUACAUCA